AUGCUACCUCCUCCCCAAGCACUUCUGAAAUUUUUACCCAUCCUUAAGGAAGCAAAAGAAACCCAAAACAAAAACACAAACUCUGCAAAUUACUCACCACCAGGUGGAGAAAUGCAAGAAGCAGCAGAACAAAUCACCACCUUUUAUCCCAAUGCAGAAUUUUGUGAACAGAAAAGCGGACAAGAAUCGGAGCCCCCAGCCCUUCCACCAGAGCUUCCACUUGCACCUCAAAGAAUUCUGAACAAUAUCACGUUCUUCAGUGGGGUCUUUCAAAAUGUGGACAGCGUUGCAUUGUUUUUUGACUGCCUGGGUUCUCACUUCACUUGGCUACAGUCCAUAUUCACUAACUUCCCUGCACUGCUCCAUUUCGUGAACAAAAUGAGGUGUGUAACUGGACUUUGCCCCAGGGAUUUCGAAGACUACGGCUGCUCUUGCCGGUUCGAGAUGGAAGGGCUCCCUGUGGAUGAAGUGGACAGCUGCUGUUUCCAGCACCGCAAAUGCUAUGAAGAAGCCGUGGAGCUGGAGUGCUCAUGGGACCCUGCCAAGAUAUCUAUGGACAUCAGCUGUCUUACGAAAAACAUUACCUGUGAGUCUGGGGAUCCUUGUGAACGGCUUCUCUGCAAUUGUGACAAAGCGGCUAUUGAGUGUUUUGUCCAUUCACACAUUAACUCUUCCUUGAACGGCCUGGAUGUCUCCUUCUGUCCAGGUCAGGUUACAGAAACAACUAGCAAGAAAGGAUUGACAACACUUCAUAUGGAGGGAAUUCCACCUGCAGCCAGCAAUACCAGCUUGAAACCCCCCACUUCCGAGUUUAUCGCAAGAGAUCACGAAGGCAUAUCCACGUCCUUUGUGGAUCCCACACUAACAGUUCAGAGGGGGCAGGAAGGCGAUUUAAUUGUAAGCGUACCUUCAGGAGUUACAGAGGAUGCUUUCCCGACGGAAGGGCCAACCACAGCCACAGCUGGUAUUAACUCAACAGGGCCAGACGUGAUACCCACUGAAAACGAUCCCACCAUGACAACAGAACAAGUCUGUGACAGAUUCACCUUUCUGCAAAUGAGAGGGAACGGAAAGGUGAAGCGGGAGCUGCCUCGGCUAGGAGAAAUGCUGUUUUGCUUGACUGAUCGAUGCCCACAGGAAUUUGAAUCUUACGGCUGCUACUGUGGCCAAGAAGGAAGAGGUUAUCCUACAGAUGUACUGGACAGGUGCUGUUUCUCCCAUCAAUGCUGUAUGGAACAAGUUAAAAAACUUGGGUGCCAGCCAGAGGGAAGUUUGAGAUCUGAAGUUGUAUGUUUAGAUCAUAAACCGAAGUGCAUUGGCUGGAGCAUGUGCGAGAAGCUCCUGUGUACCUGUGAUAAGACAGCGGCUGAGUGUAUGGCUGCCGCCUCUUUCAAUGAAAGCUUGAGGUUCCUAACCAGGCAAGCCUGCCAAGAGAACAAAGCCUCAUGUCGGAGUGGAAUAGCCGAGAGGCCUGCAGGUGACACUGGAAUAGGCACCAGAACCUCCAGCUCGGAGGAGAGCAGUGAGGAGGCAGGUCCGUGGAGGAGUGCUUUAAGAAGAAUAAAGAGAGCUGCACGACACCCCCGGGGAAAAGCCAGAGCCACACCACAAGAGAGAUAG